AUGGCAACAAAAUUGAUAACCACAUGGCAAACGACCGCGGAACAGAUUAAGCGAGAGGUGAGGGAUCUCUCUAUAAGGACCACCUCUGUGGAGCAACAUUGCGCAGAGCUAUCAACGGCGCAAGGGGACCUGUCUCAACAACUAAAGGCCCUGCAAUAUCAAAUGGAACACAUGGAAGCCCGAGUAGCGGACCAAGAAGACAGAGCUCGGCGCAAUAAUCUGAGACUGCGAGGCGUGCCGGAGACUGUCCUCACGGAUGAACUGCAAAUCUAUGUACAGGGCCUACUCCUCGCAUAUGCUCCGGACAUACCGACGGAUAUGCUCCUCGUGGACAGAGUCCAUCGGGUGACCAAGCCAAAGCAACUACCUGACUCUGUACCCCGCGACGUCCUCCUGAGGGUCCACUUCUACCACAUAAAAGAGCUUAUCCCCCGGACGCACCAUAGCAGGGCUGACCCCCCUGAAGACUACUCUACAAUACGCAUCAUGGCGGACAUCUCCGCAGCCACCCUCAGGCGCAGACGGGAAUUUCUCCACACCACCACGGAGCUACGCACCCACGGUAUAAGAUACAGGUGGGGUUUCCCUACGAAAAUUAUACUCACCAAAAACGGGAAAACCGUGCAGAUCUCGACUCCGGAUGAAGGAAAGAAACUGCUCGCCAGCUGGGGCCUAGACCAUAACCCCACCACGGAAGCAAGGUCUGACUCCCCCAGGGCAAGCCGCAGCACGAAUAUGGACUAA